AUGGCUGAUGUACCCCUUCUGAUUACUUCGGAGAACGCCCGAUCUGAACGACGUAUUUCGCCUGCUUGGACCAUAGCUCAACUGAAAGGACGCUUGGAACCCAUCACGGGCAUUCCGGCUUCCUCACAGAAAUUGACCCUGAAGGUCGCUUCCUGGCCCGAUCAGAACUUGCAGACGGUCGAUGAAGACAACACUCAGCUUGAUGCAUUCACCUUGCAAAGCUACGCAGAACUCCAUGUAAGUAAUUAUUCCGACGUUCCACCAUAUGUGCCGAUGAGGCACUGCCGCAGCACGUACAUGGCAUCCUCUCAUCCGGACGCUCGAGCGUAA